UGAUAUCGUUAGUUCUUGUAUUUUAAGGCAAAGACUGUCUCAAGAAACCUUUAAAGUUUGACAGUAGUGGAAAAGCGAGUAGAGGCUACGGAAGCAGUUGCUGAAGCAUGAAUUGCAUUUCUGGUUGUUGUGGACGUGCGCUCACGCCAAGUCCUGGGGUCGAACUAGUGCAGAGAGAAACUCGAUUCGAAGAUUCUUGCCAUUAUUUGCCUUAAUUUUAUACUUAGUCAAGGUGAAAGACGCAGGAGUGUCCCAUAUUUUGAUAUCGCGGAGUUGUAGGACUGUGAAGUUAAAUGUUGCUAUUUUUACCAUCCAAUUGGAGUUGAGCAGGACUCUUUUGGUUUCUUUAUGGACCUAAUGUCGAACAUUCAAUACUUGUCACGGUCUUCGCGGAGAUUGUACCGAUGAGGUACAGUAUGUUUUUGGGUUACUGUUGACAAGUUUCUUUACAGGUAAAGUUCAUAUUUAAGUUGAUAUGUGUAUUUUUUUAAAAGAGGUGAUAGAGAGCUUACUCGAAAAAAAUAUGUAUUGGUUUCUGUGCGCGGUGAAUGCAUGAAUGCCUAAGCCCUUUUGAAUAGGAAACCGAUUAAGUUAAGAUAUCACAACAACAAGAUACUGUAAAGUAACUGGUUAUUAUUUUGUGGGUUCAUUUUAGAGAUGAAUUGAGGCUGGUUAGAAGAAUAAUCAUAUCGUGUUAUCGACAACUUUAAUAAUUUUACUAAAUUUUUACGCGAGGCGCCAAAACGUGCCAGAAAUUGUACACCGCAACUCUCUAACAAUCUCGAUAUCGACCCCCAUGUUCGUGUUCUGUUUGUCGUUUCGUCACAUAUCUCGGAGUUUUCGUUACUUUGAGUAGAUUCAGGAGAAAAUCGCAAUGUCCUACGUGAUAAGGAAUUUAAAAUCUCUGCUUUCAAUUAUGUCUUGAUCACAAAAGAAUGAUGGCGCUUUUGGUUGAUAGGAAUUGAAACAAAUCCAAGUCAAUACUGUAUCACGUUGGCAGUGUUAUGAAGAAUAUUUUCAACAUUUUUUCCUUGUAGAUGUAGGUUCAAUCAUUAAGCCUAUAUUGCGAUAAUUUUACAAAGUGUAAUUUUGUGCUGACCAGCUUCACUUUGUAAAACUUAGUUUCUCUUCAAAUAUGCCCUGUGGAUAUUAUUGAGUUGUGUUAACCUUUUGUCGAUAUAAAUAUUUUCAAUCAUUGAUGACUUUUUGAAUGUGUAUAGAAUAGCAUGUACAUUGGUCUUUGCUUUCACUUUAAAGUGGGCCUAUUUGGUUUGAAUUUGGUGAAAAAACUGAAAUUUCCCUAUGAUAGGAGGUUUUACCUGAUUACUUCUCUCUUGAUCUAUCAGCUCAUAUGGAUAAGCUAUUAACAAAAGAUCUUUCUGGCUUUAAUUUUUAGUAUUGCAUAAGAACCACUGGGUCCAGACAACCAGACCUUUCCUCUUACCUCUGCUACUCCUUUUAAUUAUCAAAAUAACCAGGAUUAUUAAUACUCCCCCCUUAUGCAUAGUUAGUUUAAUUGCUCCAGUGAUUGUAGAGAUGCACAUGCUCUAAUUAGUCAGAGAUUGCCUCAUAUCUCACUAUAAUCACCCUGUGUGAGGUGAUUGUAGCAGGGGCACUGAAUUUCAAAGUUUUUGCCUUGCAUUUUGUCAAUGUUACUUGGGAAGUGAUAAAUGUAAUAGAAGAAAAUUCAAUUCUGAACACCAAAAAAAGAUAUAACUCUUGACUUCCCAUAAUCCACUAUCUGCCAAAUUCAAUACUUCAUUAUUGAGCAUAAUAUGAAGCACAAGGGGUAACAUACAAGAUGACUGACAUCACAUAAAAGUAGAUUGUACACUGAUUCUUGUUAAUAGGUAAACAUUGAGGGAAAUAAGUCGUCCCAUAAUCCACAAUCUACAAAAUUCAUCUGUAAGAUCAGGCAUAAGAUGAAGUACAAGGGGAAAAAAGCAGGAAGACUAACAAUUCCCAUAAAAGGGGUCAUGUACUGAUUCUAGUUAGGUUAAACUCCACAAUCUAUCAAAUUUAUCGCAAAGAUCAGUUAUAUGAUGAAGUAAUAGGGGUAACCUGAAAGGAGACUCUUAGUCUCUCUUAGUGUUUACCUAACUAAAAUAAGUGCAUGACUCUUUGGUGUAGGAUGCUAGUUCUUUGCACUUUACCCCUUACUAUUUCAUCAAAUACCCAAUCUUUGUAAUGAAUUUGGUAGAUUGUGGCUUAUGGGAAGUCAAGAGUAUUUUCCUUCAGUGUUUACCUACCAGAAUCAGAGUGCAAUCCCCUUAUAUAGGAUGUUAGUCCUCUUGCAGCCAUUAAUUCAUUAUAUGCACCAUUUUAUGGAUGAUUUUGGUAGAUUAUGAAAUAUGAAAAGUGUCAUUCCUCUCAUGUAUGAGAAGAGUGCUCCACAAAUAAGGUAGCACCUUUGCGAUAAUUGACAGUGUGAAUGUCCCCAUGGUUUGUGUUUAUAUGCACCAAGGCCUCUGCUAGAAAACAUGCCAUUAUUUCUGCCAGUUGCUAGUCAGUCAAGCUGUCUCCCCUUGAAUUGAACUGAAUUUUAGAGAUGCUCAAUUCAUUCUGGCCUUUCUGAUUGAUCACUAAGGUUUGGUGUGCUCUGCAUACUUGUUUGUAUACAACUGGUUUCAAGAAAGGUUGUUGGAAAAAAAAAGGACGAAAGUGCACACGACAAUCUCAAAAGGUAAUCUGAGCAUCCAGUAAUCAAUGAAUUUCAACAAGUCAAAUAAAAAAUAAAUAACUAUCAAACCUGUGAUCCCUGUUCAUGCAGUGAUACUUUCUCAGAUUUCCCUGCAAAUCCUGUGGUCAUGGAACCAUGACUUGAAAACUACCCACAAUACCUUUGGGGUUUGUUUCAUGCACUUUUCCACUUUUUUUGACAACAUUUCUCAAACAGCUGUAUACCAAAAAAAAAAAAUGUACUCCCAGUACUUUAAUAAGAAGUGUAUGAUUAUUUUAGGUUUGAAAAAGAGAGAAAUUGUAGCUGUUGUGCGUCAAGUAAGAUUUAUUUAGGCAAGAAAGUUAAAAAAAGUUAAUUUUGGUGGUUAAGUUGUCCCAGGUGCUAUCAUGACCCAGCUGACAGGUGCUGUGGUGGAUCUUUUUUCCCUAUCUAUUAAUGUCUCAAAAUGAUGCAGACAAAAACCUUUUGUCUAAGUAGGAAGGAAGUCUGGGCUGUGUAAUGCCUGUGUUUUGAAUUUCAAAUGUGGAAGAGUUAAAUGUUCCACUUUAAUCAGAUGCAGACAACUUCUCUUGCAUUUGAAUCUUGCAAGAUCCUUAUUGAUAUUUUCAGGAUUGGUUUUUUUUACCUGAAUAUAUUCCCUGGGUAAAAUGUCAUGACUUUUGUAAUUUUCUCUACUUUUAAUCAUUAAGUUCAAAGUCUUAACUGUAUUAAGAUCACUUUUCAUAUCAUAAAUUAAACUAAUUUUGCAUAUUACAACAUGCUGAGAAAUAGACUUUUAAGAAUCGAGUUUUAAAUCCAUAAUUGCUUAUAUAUCCAUCACGUGGGUUUUUUUAUAGCAGGAACUGGGAAAAUACUCUAAGGUAAAGAAUUGAUUGAAGAUAUGCAUUUUUAUUUUCAAAGGUUUGAUUCAGCAUACAUCUCAGCCUAGGAAUCAGAUUGCAACACCUCCCAUUAUGGUUGUUGUGUUGAUAACUGGAGUGUGUGGAAGUGGAAAGUAAGUUUUAACCAAUUUUGUAUUUUUUAAGUGAUGGAUGUCAAUAGAUUUUAAGGACUUACAGUGACUUUCCCUAUCCUAAAAUACAUAAAAAGCAGGACAACAAACAUCGAGGCUAAUGUUACUGGCAUUUUGCUGCAGCUCAUAAAGAGAAUAUAUUACACAGUGGUCAAAAGAUAUGAAUUUUAUUGUCAAGUGGUAAGAAGGAUAUCUCAUGAUUGAUCUUAGUGAACAAGUGAGAUAGUUUUCUUGUCACAAGAACGAAAAAUUAAUAUAUUUCUCUCUAUCGUAUGGACAGACCAAGGGUCAUAACAAAACAAGUUCAUUCAGAAAAGUUUAGAAAGGCAGGAAUCAUGGUGUUGCUUCUCAAUGUGACCACUUGUGUUGCAGAUGAAAAAAAAGCCACUCAUGAGCAACUCCCUAUUCCAGCUCUGGCAAACAGUCAUGAAAAUUGAUCAAAAUCCUUGUUUUUCUUUUUGUUGUAAACAUUUCAGAGUAACGGUGUUGUUACAGCCACAGUUGGUGCUUUUUUAAAUGCUUUCAUUUUACCUACUGUGUCAUAAAAAUACAGAAUGUUAUAUAACUGCAGAAUGGCACAGACAGCAAAAACUGAUCUUCUUGCCACCUGCAUUCAGCCAUUUGUACAUGUCUCCGAACAAUUUUGUAUUUUUUAAGUGAUGGAUGUCAAUAGAUUUUAAGGACUUACAGUAACUUUCCCUAUCCUAAAAUACAUAAAAAGCAGGACAACAAACAUCGAGGUUAAUGUUACUGGCAUUUUGCUGCAGCUUAUAAAGAGAGUAUAUUACACAGUGGUCACAAGAUAUGAAUUUUAUUGUCAAGUGGUAAGAAGGAUAUCUCAUGAUUGAUCUUAGUGAACAAGUGAGAUAGUUUUCUUGUCACAAGAACGAAAAAUUAAUAUAUUUCUCUUUAUCGUAUGAACAGACCAAGGGUCAUAACAAAACAAGUUCAUUCAGAAAAGUUUAGAAAGGCAGGAAUCAUGGUGUUGCUUCUCAAUGUGACCACUUGUGUUGCAGAUGAAAAAAAAGCCACUCAUGAGCAACUCCCUAUUCCAGCUCUGGCAAACAGUCAUGAAAAUUGAUCAAAAUCCUUGUUUUUCUUUUUGUUGUAAACAUUUCAGAGUAACGGUGUUGUCACAGCCACAGUUGGUGCUUUUUUAAAUGCUUUCAUUUUACCUACUGUAUCAUAAAAAUACAGAAUGUUAUAUAACUGCAGAAUGGCACAGACAGCAAAAACUGAUCUUCUUGCCACCUGCAUUCAGCCAUUUGUACAUGUCUCCGAACUGGUUUAUUUUUUCAAGUUUUCUUCAGAGCUGAUGUGAGGAUUAGAGGAAAAGAUUUUACCUUUAGUUACAUGUAGUUUGCUUUGCUAUUAGAGUAAACAUUAUUUUUUAAACUUACUAAUGAAUAGAACAGUACAAGGAUGUUUGAGGAUACAAAUCUUGUACCAGUAAUAUUUGCACUUGUUCAACUGUAGGAAAUUUCACAACUCACUCAAAAAAAUUAUUUGAGGGUUUUCCACUUUAUCCUCUGCUAAGACACUGUUAGUCAAGACAAGCUCUCAUACUUUUAUGCUCUGGUCAGUUUGUUUCACUGGCAGUGGGGAGGAGGGAUGAUGUAGUGGUAAUAGCACUUGCUUCUCACUGUUGUGACUUGGGUUGGAUUCCAAGACCUUGUGUCACAUGUGGGUCAAGUUUGUCAGGGAUUUUCAUUCUUGCUCAGUGGGUUUUUCUCCAAGUCCUUGAGUUUUCUUCCCUCUACAAAAACCAAAAUUCUAAAUUCCAAUUCAGCCUUGAAGCAUGGACAAGAAGAUCCACUGCUUAAUUUCUGGUAUUAUUAUGAGGCUUUUAAUAAAAUUAACACCACAGAUAUCAUAGAAUGUGUUCUUUAUUUUCUUUAAUAGAACAACAGUAGCACGUGCUUUGGCAAAGAAGGUGGGUCUUAGGAAUGUUCAUUGUAUGACUCUGUUAUGUGAGGUUUCAUUAAAUUUUUUAAACCUUUAGUUCUCAUGAGUGAUUAAGACAUAAUUUCUCCUUCCAAUAUCAAUACAACAUCACGCAGAAAUGUAAAGAAAAAUAUCAAUCAGGGGAUUAUUUGUUGUUCCAAUAUCAAAUUCUCCAAACUAACAUAAUAACAACUGUAUGGCAGACAAUAAGGAGAACUACUCAUGAGACCUUAGGAGUGAAAAGGUGAACUAACUAAGCUUCAGAGUGAUAUUUGGCUGAAGAUGAGCAGUCAAGGUUUAAUAUGCUUGUGCUAUUCGUGUUGUAAUACCCAAGAGAGCCAUUCAGCCACAUUGCAGCAUACUAUCAUCAGAGGUGUGACUUGUCUUAUGGUAGUUGGUACUUUGGUGUCGUGUUUUUAAGUGUGAUUUUUUAAUCUCCUCUCUAACUGUAAGUACUCUAAACCCUUUACACCCUAACAUCAGAAUGUACAUUCUCCAUACUGUUCUCCAUACUUUUUAUAAGGCGCCGACGAGGAGUAUUUGUGGAACAAUCAAGAACUUCUUUUGUUGGUUGUCAUUUCCUUUAUUCCUAUGGCCUCAAUGUGUGAUUCAGGGGUGAUAUUGUAUGGAGGAAUUAGGUGCUAGUCUCUCUUAGGGGUUAAAGGGUUUAAGAGACACCAGAAUGUAAAAAACGUAGCGUAUUAUUGCAGCUGAAAAUUGAUUAGUGCUUAUUCAAAGAGAUUUUCUAGGGGAAUCAGGGUACUCUUUUAGUUCCUUCAUGAAGUUGAUUAUUUUUUUUGGACAGUUGUCUUGCCCUUAUGUGGAUGCAGACACUUUCCAUUCAGAGGAAAAUAUUGCAAAAAUGAAGCAAGGGAUUGCACUUACAGAUGAGGUAAAUGUUUUUUUAAAGUACACUGUCUUGCUUCUCAUGAUAGGUAGUCUUCUCCUAACGAAUAGGUUCCAUGUUGCCGUGCAUCUGUUCAAUAAAAGACCACAGAUGAUGUCAAAGUGCAGUAAGAACAAAAAAAUUGGUACAUGAGGCACAGGAGAGUGUGUCAGUGAUGUUCUUACUACAUUUUCACCUCUUCUGCAACCUUUUACUGUACAGCUCCACAGAAACUUGGAAUUUAUUUGUUUAAUAAGAUAAUUAAAGAAACACAAAAUGUUGUUAACCCUUCAACUCCCACAAGUUACCAAGGCAGAGUUUCUCCUUACAGUGUCAGCAUAAUAUUAACCAGAUAAGUGAUGAGAACAAAGAUAAAUAUCAAUUUGGGGAUAAUUAGUCGAUCCAAUACUAAAUUCUCUGAACUAACAUUAUAAGAAUUAUAUGGUUGAAAGUAAGGAGAAUUACAAAGUUGAUCUGGGAGUUUAAGGGUAAUGGUGUUGUCAUCUAUGCAUCUGUCCUCCAAGAGAUCAUAAGUAAGAACACAUCAAAAUUUGUGUAUAAUUCAGCUUGUUAUGUAACAAUUUUUAAGUGUACUUUCUUCCUCAAGUACUGGUAUUAUGAUUAUUUACCAAUUUAUAUAUUAUAGGACAGACAACCAUGGCUUCUUGCUUUGCACAAAGUUAUUGAAAGGUAUGUGAGAUUUAUUUCAAUUGAUAAUUGACUCAUCUAUUUGAUAUUUUUAAGCAAUUGUUAAUAGGGAAGCCAGCUUAAAGAUGGCAUUGUAGAACACCAUAAUGAGAAAACUCAGUUGGAUUAAUUACUGUUGAUUGAUCUUUGCUUGUAAGUGAACAGAAAUUUGCAUAAAGUAGAUGUUUUUGAUAGUUAGUCUAGAGAUUUUAUAAUUGAGUGAUGAGGGUACACCCUCUUACUCCUUAGAUUGAAACAUCAAUUCUCCACACCUUUGGCCAAACAUUUCUUAAAAUUUUAAAUUCAGAAAGUGCUUGUUAAAUCAAUCAGUUUCCCUCAGGUAGUUGAUUUUUGUUAUUUCACAUUACCAUUCUACUUGAAUUGGUUUUGAUAUUGUUAAAAGAUAAUUCAUUUUUGCAAACUCUUGAGUGAAAAAGGGUUUAAGUUCAAGUAAACUUACUUAAUUUAUAAUAACCAAUUCUGUCUCCUGUGGCGUGAGGUGACUCUGAGUAUUGUUGUUCCUCUGGUUCAGGAUGCUUGUCCAUCACAGUUUACUGCUGCUUCCCCUCUCCCCCCUCCUCCUCCCUCUUUUCUCCCCCCUCCUCCUCCCUCUUUUCUCUCCCCCCCUCCCUCCACAUCUAUUACUCCUUCAGGUUUUCCUGAGGGGUUGCAGAUACUCAUGUGCAUCCCUGAGUGGGGAGAAGCAUUGUGAGAGUUUAGUUUCCUGCCUAAGAACUCUGUGAUUAUGCAGGGGUCUAAACCUGAAGGAUUCCAUCCAGAGUUGGUGUUGUCUAUGAAGGCCACUGUGUAACCCACUCCUGAUUAUGCUUCUGGCAAGGGAGAAUUCAUUUUGGAACCAGUAACAGAAAGAACUAAGUUAAAUGUACCCUUACUUCCAGAUCUCAUUUUAGUGCAGUCAUUUUUUAUUAGAGCAAUAACAUUGAUCAAACCCACAGAUUUAGGACUUUCCAUCUAAGAGAUCUCUGCUGAACUGCAUGUAUCAUUUUGUUCCUUUUCCUGGUUUAAAAAGUAACUCCUCAGUUAAAUUUGCUUUGUUCUGUAGAUGGAGCAAGCGUUCUGAAUCUGGAGUGCUUGCUUGUUCAGCUCUCAAAGAACAAUACAGACAAACAAUCCUUUUUGGAGCAGAAGCCAGCUCUAACAACACACCUUAUUGCUCAAAUGGUGACAAGCGGCAAAAACUGUCGAAGCCAUCACCUUUUUAUUGCCUGGUUGUACUACUUAAAGGGUCUAAGGAUGUGGUAAGGGAGAGAAUGGAAAAAAGGCAAGAACAUUAUAUGCCCUUAAGUUUACUUGCCUCUCAGUUUGAAACUCUGGAGGAACCUGUCACUUGUGAUGAGUACUCUGCGCUUCACAUCUCUGUGGAUCAAACCGUGGAAGAAAUAAUUAAUGAUAUUUUGAGAACUUUGAAGGCUAAAUGUGGCAUGAAAGUAUCAAUACAUAGUACUGUAUAACAUGAAAUUUGAAAAUUUAUAGUAAUUUUUGUAACAAAAUAGAUUUUGUAACAUGUAUUGAAGUAAGUAGAUUGGUGAGAGAUGAACUCUAAUUUACAUUUUCCAAUUCAACAACUUUAAAAAUAUUUUGGAUUUAACCCAUAAAUUAUGCUCAUACCAAAGUGGAAAAUGUAAUUAUUGUUUUAUAUUUAUGUUAAUUAGCCCUCUUUGCCAUGAUGAGGAUUUUUACAUUUGAAACAAGGCAUUAAGGUUUACAUGUAUGUAACAACGAGACAGAGGGAGAAAUCUAUCUUUCAUCAUCUUGAGAUGAAGUAUAUGUACAGAAUCACAGGGUGCAUGAAGGCUCUUGUCUCAGAAAUCUUGGUUUCUUAGCACUUUCCAGCUUUCAUAAAAGCAUAUUUACACACAUUGCCCACAAGCAAAAGAUAGUUGCCUGUGGCAAUGGUCCUCUGCCAGAGUACAGCCUUUGUUUUAUCAUUUCUUUUAAAAUUUAGAAUCAGGCAAAAUAUUUUUUCCAAAUUUUAUAUAUGUAUCCACUUGAUUGCAGUAAUGUUCUCAUUUAAAAAAGCAAAACAAAAAAGGUAAACUGUGGCAACAGAAAUCAGCAUAUUAAGUUUUGCUUUUGUUACAUGCCUGACAGCUAAACAGUUCUCCCAGAAUUUUUAUUGAAAAAUUUUUUUUCAUACUUCUUGAGGGUAUCAGCUAUUUGUAAACAGAUGUCAAGGGAUCCCAAAAAUUAUGUAAAUUUUGUACUUGACAAGAUAUCUGAACUUGAGCUUACCAUUAAAUCACUAUGUUACAGUGACACUAAAAAAUUUGUAUUUUCUUGGUGUACACAAGUAUGGAAAAUCCAUCCACCAAAACUAAAAUAAUUAUUAGUAUCACCUUUCAUGUCUAAAGAAACAUUGUAGACUCUCAUCAGGUCUGCAUGAGGUUUUCUGUGGGACUUUGGUGAACAUGUUUGACUGCCAGGUAUUAGUGUAUUGGAACUUAGCUUGGCAAUCUGAUUACAAAAUGUUACUCUACCGUGUAGAUGUUGCAACCUAUAGGUUUGUAUAAUAAUGUACAUGCUUGCAAAAGUUAAUUAGUUCAAAACCAAAGUAUUUCUUAGACUUGCUUGGCAUUUUCCAUCAAAUAUCUAAUACUCUUUUCAG